UCACUUUUGAUAGCUAUCAAACGGAAGUUUGUGAAGAUUUUAGACUUUCGAUUUAUUUAUAUUGUCUUAUUGUAAUGGUUUGGCCUACGGAUAACGACAUCAAGCUAGGCGAAUAUGAUGCAAUGGAGUUACCAGGUCAGCAGCUGACAGCUGCAAACGCGUACACACCUUUAGACCAUUUGUUAAAUUUGGACAUCAAAGCACCAGCGGGAUGUCAGAGACUUACCGGGAUUAUGGCUUCGAUGGGCAGAUCAACAUUCGACAUCGAGAUAUUAGAGAAAAUGAUAACAGCUGGCAUGAACAUCGCUCUACUGAACCUUUCAUUUGGCACGCGAGACGAACACGUCGAAAUGAUAAAGCUACUGCGACAGGCUGCGAAGAAUAUCAGUGUAGCCAUGGGCAGAAGUUAUCCGUUAGCCAUAGGUGCCAGACUGUCUGGCAGAAAAAUAAGGACUGGCAGGAUUGCUGAUAGUUAUGGUGAAUACGUGGAACUAAAAACGGGUGAAACAAUAAGGCUGACGACAGACGAAACCUACAAAGACAGAUGUUCAAUAUACACAGUUUAUGUAGACUUCAUGUACUUCGCUGAUCAAAUGUCUAAAGGAAACUUCGUUCUGUUGGAUAAUGAAACAUUGAUGCUCAAAGUUGAAAUGAUCUCUGCCACCACCCUUACAUGUAAAAUAGAAAGAGGUGGAUAUUUAGGUUCAUAUAAAGACGUGUUUGUACCGAACGUGGUUUUCAAUAUGCCAAAUUUCAGCGAAAAAGACAAGCUGGAUCUGGAAAUGUUGGUUCAUCAGCAGAUCGAUAUUUUAGUCGCUUCGUUCGUCGACUCGCCGACUUGCAUUAGUGAGCUCAGAGGAAUUAUCGGUGAGAAAGGAAAGAAGAUGGCAAUAGUUGCUAACAUACAAACUAUAGAAGGAUUUCGUAAUUAUGAUGAAAUUCUUGCCACCGCCCAUGGAAUAAUGAUUACAAGACAAGAAUUAGGAUCUGACAUCACGCCAAAAAAAUUGGUAAUAGCACAAAAAAAUAUGAUUGCACGAGCGAAUAAGGCUAAUGUGCCGGUAUGCGUAAGCGCACAUCUUCUAAGCAGUAUGAGAUAUAAUAAAAUACCUCUCAGAUCUGAACUGCUUGACAUAGCAAACUGUAUUCUUGAUGGAGCCGAUGCGUUAGUACUUGCUGCUGAAACCUCCGUGGGAGAGUAUCCAGUAGAUACUGUCGCCUGUAUGGCCAGUGCUUGCAAGGAGGCAGAAGCUUGUGUGUGGACUAAGCAGAUUUUUAACGAUUUGAUCGAUAAGACACCGUUACCAUGUGAUCAAGUGACGGCAGCCCUAGCCGCUGUGCUUGCAGCUCAACGAUCGAUAGCAGCUGCAAUUAUUGUCGUGACAACUACCGGGAAAUCCGCGCAAAUUAUAUCCAAGUAUCGACCACGGUGUCCCAUCAUCGCAGUGACGCGCUACGCUCCAAUAGCCAGACAGUUGCACUUGUGGAGGGGCAUCAUGCCUGUGGUUUACGAAGAAAUUCCUCAUGGUGAUUGGCAAAUAGAUCUGGAAAGACGCGUGAAUUUCUGCGUAAAAUGGGGCAUGGACCAGGGUUUCGUCAGGGUUGGAGAUCCCCUGGUCAUCUUAUCUGGAUGGAGACAGGGUUCAGGGCAUACUAACACCAUGAGAAUUAUUUAUGCGGCCGCUGACAUUAUAGUGCCCUGAUGUUAAGAUUUUGUAGAUUUUCUAUAACUUAUUUAUUUUUAAUUGUGUAAUUUAUCAUAUUUUAUGGUGACU